GUUGAGUUCUAAAUUAAUCGUCAUUGCCUUUUUCUUUUACUUAUCUGAAUUCUGCCCUACACAAACAGUUUAGCAUUCUGAUCAGAAAUAUAUCUACUUUUCUUUACCUCAAGAAUUGUUCAAUGGAAAUACUUAUUAAUGUUGUAGGUGGCUUUGUUGUUGAGGUGGGAAAGUUUAUAUCGAAAUGCAUCUAUCCUAAGAUCGAAAAUAUUGUUUGUUUCUCAUCAAAUGUUGAAAAUUUAAGGGACGAAAUGGAGAAGCUAACAAAGUUAAGAGAUGAUAUCAAAGGAAAGGUGGAGAUAGCUGAAGGAGAAGGCUAUAAACCAAAACCAGAUGUUAUCAAGUGGAUCGACGAUGUUCACGAGCUGGAGAAUGAAUGGGAAACUAUGCAAGAAAGCAUCGCAACAGCGAAGAUGCUUACAUAUAAAUGUUGUCCAAAUUGCAGCCUUCGCUCAGAAGUCUUCACUCAAGCACGGAACAUCCGAGAUCAACUUUGCAAGCUUACAGAGGUUGGAGAAAGCUUUGGAUCAAAUUUGGUGGUAGAAAAUUACCAGAUGAAAAAAGUUGAGUUCAUCCCGGGACCAUCAGUAAAAGGUCAGUCAACAGCAACAAGGAAUAUCAACAAAAUCCUGCAACUAUUAGAAGAUGAUAAGGUUUGCAUCAUCGGAGUGUGGGGUACGGGAGGAGUUGGGAAAACUACUUUGGUGAAGAAUCUGAACAAUGAACUUCGAAAGAUUGAUGUGUCAAGGUCUAAAUUGUCUUUUGGUAUUGUGGUAUGGGUUACAGUGCCCAAACCAAUGGACAUAAGUAAGGUUCAAUCAAAAAUUGCCAAAAGAUUAAACCUGGAGGUAGAUAACAAUGGAAGUGAAGAAAGCAAUGCCAGCAAAAUCUUCCAAAAGCUAAAGGAAAAAAAGAGUUUCCUUCUCAUACUUGAUGAUGUUUGGGAAGAUAUAGAUUUGGAUCAUGUUGGUGUGCCACAACCUGAAGAUCAUGCAGGAAGCAAGGUCAUUAUAACUUCUCGUUUCUUGGGUGUUUGUAAGCAAAUGAAAACACACACUGAACUGAAUAUUUCCACAUUGGAUGAGGAUGAAUCUUGGCAACUGUUUAUCAAAAAUACGGGAGAUGUUGCCAAUCUGGAGCAUAUUCAACCAUUAGCAAAGGAAAUUGCACGAGCAUGUGGUGGUUUACCUUUAGCAAUCACUGUUGUUGGAACAUCUAUGAGAGGGAAGCCAAGGGUCGAGCUCUGGGAAGAUGCUAUGAAAUCACUAAGAAUGUCCGAACCUCAUAACAAAGAUGUAGAGAAAAAGGUUUACAAGGUCAUCAAGUGGAGUUUUGAUUCUUUAGAAUCUCAGGAUAUUGAAUUAUCCUCAAAGCAAAGAAGCACACAUGUUAACAAAAAGAGAGGUGACAUUCAAAGUUGUUUCUUAUAUUGCUCCUUAUAUCCGGCAGCUAUUUCAAUAGAUGAUCUUAUACAUUGCUGGUGGGCAGAGGGGUUCCUUGGUGAACAUGAUACAUAUAGAGAAGCCUAUAACAGGGGAAUCACAACGAUUGAAAGUCUAAAAGAUGCCUGCUUGCUAGAAGCCCAUAAGAUGGAUUGUGUGAAGAUGCAUGAUGUGGUUCGUGAUGUUGCUAUAUGGAUAGAUAAUUCCUUUGGGUUAACUAAGAUAUCACAUUCUAAAGUAUCAGCUUCUGUUAAGAGAAUAUCUUUCAUAAGCAACAAAAUUGAACGUCUACCUGAUUGCUUCACGGAAUGCCCAGAGACAACAUCAUUACUAUUGCAAAAGAAUCCCCUUGAGAAAAUUCCGGUUGAACUUUUUUUGGCAUUUCCAUCCCUAAGAGUUCUGAACCUGAGUGGAACUAGUAUUAGUUCUGUGCCUUCUUCCAUCAAUAGUUUAUAUCAGCUACAUGCUCUAAUACUACAAAAUUGUUGUUCGUUGAGAGAGUUACCACCUAUUGGUAAUCUUUGCAAUUUGCAAUUGCUUGAUUGUGAUGAUAUAAAGUUAUGUUGUCUGCCGCAAGGAAUGGACAAGUUGACAAAUCUAAGGCUAUUAAAUCUGCCUGUAGGUGAUUUGAAGGAGAGCAUUGGCCAAGGAUUUUUCCUCAAAAUGCCUAGGAUUGAAAUGUUAAAGAUGCUGCAUAGUAAAAUUGGUGACCUUUAUUGUUGGACCACAGGAAAUAUUCGGCCAAGGACUGUUCUUGGACCAACUUCUUUUGAUGAGAUAUCAUCUCUACACAAUCUGACAUCUCUUUUUAUUAGAUUAGAUAGCUUAUCAAUUUUCAAUCGAGAUCAUACCUGGAUGAAAAGAUUGAAAAGAUUUCACAUUGAAAUUGGGAAUACUCCAACUCAUGUACCAUUCAACAAGUCAACAAGGAUGAUAAGUGUCUCCAAGUGUGAAAUUUUCAGUAAUGGAGAGCUCUCAAGCAUGUUGCAGUUUGCUUCACAUUUGCACUUGGAAAAAUGCAUGGGUUUCAUGAAGUUGAUUGCGAACAAGAGUUUUGAUGGAUUAAAAUCACUCUACAUUCACGAAUGUAGUUGUGAUUUUGGACCAUCUGAAGAAGGAAGUGGACAGUUUGACCCUCUGCCAAAUCUGGAACAUCUCAGCCUCGCUUCUGUAGAUCAUUUAAAGAGUGUUUCUGAUUUCGGUCAACUUCUGGGUCUUAGAUUUUCUGAAUUACGACAACUGGAUAUAUCCUAUUGUCGUAAUUUAACAUGUCUUUUUAAUGCUUUUUCUGUACCCAAGCACUUGGAAGAAAUUACAAUUAACCAUUGUAAACAGGUGGUAGAGUUGUUAGUACAAUGCGGCUCUAGUCAGAGGGCACUCGACAACUCAGAAAUUCCAAAAGUUCGGAAGUUAGUGCUGAGAGACUUGCCGAAAUUAGGAACGUUGGGGGAGCCACAGAGUAUGUGGGAACACAUGGAUGAACUUGAGGUGAUCAAUUGCUAUGAAAUAAAGAAGUUGCCUCUCUCUAUUCAAACCUCCAACAAAAUCAAAGUAAUAAGAGGAUCACCGAGAUGGUGGAGCCUAUUGGAGUGGGAUGACGAUAAAUUCAACUCAAAUUUGGAGCAUUGUUUACUACCAGUCUGAUCAGAGUUGACGUUACUUUCACUACAUCUCAGGAAACUAAACAGGCAGAGGAAGGAACUUCUAGCACCAGAGAGACAGAAUUUCGAGCUAAAGUUGAUCGGUCGAGUUUGCUGUGAUGUAUUUCCUGUUAAAUGUCUUAAUUUUUUUUCCUGCCAGUAACUGCUCCUGUUAGAUAUUUUGUUGCUUGAUAGUACAUGGAGUAAUUUCUUGUUUCGAUUGUGUUGUGUGAUCAUCUUGUUUAUUUGUAAUAUUGCUUCUGCAUUUAAACAUUUUAGAGCAUUCUUAAAUUGUACAUUUAAAAUUUAGGCAUAAUACAUAAAUGUGUCCCUUAACUAGGCUUCAACUGACAUCUAUGCCCUUCAUUUUUGGGCGUGCACAUGUAGACACUUAAACUUUUCAAAAGUUGUACAAGAAGAAACAUGUAUCCUAUGUGGCAGUUCUGUGUCCUACAUGGCAUCCUACAUGUAUUAUGCCACAUAGGAUACAUAUGCCUACUUCUUUAACUUUUGGAUUGUUUAAGUGUCUACAUUGUAUUGGGGGAUCGGAGAACACAACUAUGGUUUAAAAUUUUAAAUUGAAGCAUGAAUGAAAGGGAAAACAGUGAUGGGUCUAACACGAAUGGAUCAUAAUGAUGGCUACUUUGUAGCUCGAUUUAAUGAUAGGAAUGAAUUUCGUGGUUUCUUCCGAGUGGUUAUUGUGUCAAAUCAUGUUGUCCAGAUUUGUUAUUUAUAUAUGUCAAAGUUGUUGACAUUUACCUACUGUGAAGUGGAUGGGCUUAAUUAUUUUAAAUCAUGUUGCCUAGUUUUGUUAUUAUAUAUGUCAAGUUGUUGAUGUUUAACUAAAGUAAAAUGGAUGAACUUAAUUGUUUUAAACCAUGUGGCAUAGUUUUCUUAUUAUGUCAAGUCGUUGAUGUUUACAAAUAAUUCUCUUUGUUUUCUUAUUAAAUUUUUUCUUUUAAUUCUCCGAGUUAUGCCUUAAACAAAGAAGAAACAGUCAGUAGCUUCAUUUGAUCAUCUUUGAGAGUGUCAUUAGCAUUCUUGAUGGCUUAUAUGAAUCCACCACAAAUCGGCGAACCAGGUUCCUCCCCUGAUUCUGGUGCAAUUAACAGAGAUAAAGGACAAGUUUAACAAAUAGUAAGAACAUAGAGAAUUUGCGUGGUAAUCUCCUUGCUCAAGAGAGUAAAAACAUGACCUACCACAUAAGAUUCUCAACAUCUUCACUAAUCACCAACCAAUGUUCAUAUUACAAUCUGUUUUUUUUUUUUGUAACCAAUGUAAAUUACCAUUAACAAGCGAAAAAAUAAAUACACCUAAAGAGCACUCAACCUCCUAAUGGGUAUGAAGAGAGUUAAGCCUCCUACAGAACUCUAGUUACACAAAUCUCUGUUUCUACACCGUUUGACUAGCUCAAGUCUAUUUACAAAUUCCUUCUUAAUCUGUGUCACGGCUGUAUCUGAAUUCUACAGUGAUGCCUUUAAACAGUUUCCAGUUCUUUGCUCUCCAAACAUGGUAUAUCAUUGCUCUGCACAAUGCAACAAUAAGUUCCUUGUGAAAUUGCUUCUAAUUCUUCCUUCUGAGUCUAUUUAGAGGAUAUGUUUGACAGUUCCAAUAGGAAUAAGUGUCCCAGACCAUUGUUGCAUUUCAGUUUGGACUCUCACUAUCCAUUCACAAGUAGAAAACAGAUGGAUAUAUGUCUCAUCCAUUGAUUUAUCACACAAACAGCAUGUGUCAUCUUCCACUGGAACAUUUAAUCUCUUGAGUCUCUCUUUGGUUAGUAAUCUAUCUUGCAUAGCCACUGCACCAAAAAUGAUCUUUAGUGGCAUUUAAUUAGCGGCAAUAGCUUAAUUGCCGCUAAACAUAUAUUUUUAGCGACAAUUAGCACUCUUUGUAAGUGUCUCUUGCAUAGCUAGCCACAAUAUGAACUUAUGCUUAGGUUGAGCAAAUCUUGUCGAGAUUAAGUCAGACACUCUAAGUCUAGCAUGUUGCCCCAAUAGUGUAUUGUAACUCUGUGUGAAUGAGUACUUUCCCCCGGGAGUGAGCAAGUAAGCACCAAAUGAAUACCAAACCUGCAUCUCUUCUUUCAAAGCAGUAACCUUCUUCCAGUACCAACAACUCUAUUGUAAGACUAUACUGCAAUACCUCUAUUGCAAAUACCAUGUGACUCAGCUAACUCUAACUGAGAGCUAAGCAUACCACAAGAAUGAAAUACAAACAAGUCACCUACACUUACUUCUACAAAUAAAAGUAGGCCUACAAUGAUAAUUAAGAACAAAGUACAAAGUCUUAACAACUAGAACCUAGGGACAUCUUCAUUUCUACACGAGCAAGUCCUUAGUUGUUUUAGCUUUGCCUUGGACAGAACAAUUGCGGCUGAGAGAUGAGUGCAAUCUUUGCCAAAAUUUAUAUUGCCUGAAUCUUUUGUUAGCCUUUUUGUCCAAUUUUAAAAAUGAUUAUAUAUAUGCCUGAGGCAAUUGAAUAGAAUUUAUAUUGCUUUUUUCUUUUUCUUAUUAUCACAGGUGUUAUUAUUCAGGGGUUUCGAGCAGAGGACGGAUAUUCCUGCACCAAGAGACACAAAGUUUUGAGCUAAAGUUAUUCGGUGGAGUGUGCUGUCAGAUGUUUUUUAUGCCAAUAACUGUUCCUUUUUGUACUAUUUUUGCUUUCUGGUUCUGAUAUUUUGAUUGCUUGACUAGCUAUACACCGAGUCAUUUCUUGUUCCGGUUGUGUUGUGUGAUCAUCUUGUUAAUUUGUAAUGAAUUGGUGCUGCUUCUAUGUUUAAACAUUAGAAAUUUAGCCAA